AUGGUGGCCCAUGACCUGGGUCCCGUGUUGCCCAGACUCCCUCGUAUUCACAUUGGCUUCUAUGCAGGGACCAGCAGUGUGAAUCAGCUGGGGGGACUCUUUGUGAAUGGGCGGCCCCUGCCCCUGGACACCCGGCAGCAGAUCGUGCGGCUGGCUGUCAGCGGGAUGCGGCCCUGCGACAUCUCACGGAGCCUUAAGGUAUCUAAUGGCUGUGUGAGCAAGAUCCUAGGGCGUUACUACCGCACAGGUGCCUUGGAGCCAAAGGGGAUUGGGGGAAGCAAGCCACGUUUGGCUACACCCCCUGUGGUGGCUCGAAUUGCCCAGCUGAAGGGUGAGUGCCCAGCCCUCUUUGCCUGGGAGAUCCAACGCCAGCUCUGCGCUGAAGGGCUUUGCACCCAAGACAAGACUCCCAGUGUCUCCUCCAUCAACCGAGUCCUGCGGGCGCUACAGGAGGACCAGAGGCUGCCCUGGACACAGCUCAGGCUGCCAGCUGCUUUGGCUUCAGAUCCUCACACCCCACAGAGUGGUUCUGAGGCUCCCCGGGGUCCCCACCCAGGGACCAGCCACCGGAAUCGGACUAUCUUCUCCCCAGGACAAGCUGAGGCACUAGAGAAAGAGUUCCAGCGUGGCCAGUACCCUGAUUCAGUGGCCCGGGGAAAGCUAGCUGCUGCCACCUCUCUGCCUGAGGACACAGUGAGGAUCUGGUUUUCCAACCGAAGAGCCAAAUGGCGCCGACAAGAGAAGCUCAAGUGGGAAAUGCAGUUUCCAGGUGUUUCCCAAGGUCUGACUGUACUGAAUGCUUCUCCAGGGAUCGUCUCUGCACAGCAGUCCCCUGGAAGUGAGUCCACAGCAGUCCUACCUGCCCUGGAAUCCUUGGGUCCCUCCAGCUAUCAGCUGUGCUGGGGGACAGCGUCUGACAGGUGUCUGAGUGACACCCCAUCACAAGCCUGUCUCAAGCCCUGCUGGGGCUACCUGCCGCCCCCAGCCGAGCUCCCUGGGUUCAGUGCUGCAUUGCCAUCUUUCAUUCCACUGCCCCGGUCGCCAGUCUUUGUGCCCCUCAGGCCUUGCGCUGGCCUGGCUCCCCACUGCAAGGCCUGGGACGAGGGAGGAGGGCCAGAGUGGAAAGGAGAUGGGGUGGGGAGGAUCUGA